CCCCCCACCUCUUGCACCCCCUCUCGAGUCGUGGAAUGGUUUGGCCCGUCAUGCUGGAUGAGACGCUGACAACAAAGGAAGCACAUAGAGAGUGCUUUAAGGAGAGGGAGCGUGAUGUAAACACAGGGAGGGGGAAAACGGCUGUCUUGCGGUUUUGAUUCAAUUUCCUGGACUAUUAUGGGUUUUCAAUAUUGCAUAAGGUGGCCGCGCCAUUUUCGCGUGGACAAACAGAAUAUUGCACGUGUGGAUGAGAGGAGUUGAGAGCCGUGUGUGGCGUGUCGCUGGAGUUCUUCUCCCGGUUGGCACCAUGCAGUGAGAUUGAAAUGAGGUCUUUUUCAAGCAGAUCAAGAGAAGAGGAUGAUUCUCCUUGUGGUUCUCUUUGCAUGGACAACGCAGGAAACAGUUGGACACAUGAAACAUGUUUUUGUUAGUUUCCCACACCUCAAUCGGUGAGGCCCACUGAUCUAGAACCCCGCCCCGAGCAACCUCUUCAUCCCUGACACACCUUCCGUCAACGCUGGCUCCCCUCACUUCUGUCGACAUGGCCACCACUAGCCGGCUGUUGGAUCUGGCCCAGCUGGGACUGAAAUGUGACCAGGAGAUAGAGAGGAAAUAUGAAAUUGUGCCCUCUGUGGUCUGCUCCAUGAGCUGCAUUUUUGGAAUCAUCUACUGCUUCUUUGGCUACCGAUGCUUCAAGGCCGUGCUCUUCCUAACAGGCCUCAUGUUCGGCUCUGUGGUCAUCUUCAUGCUGUGCUACAAGGAGAGGGUGAUGGACACUCAGCUCAGCAUAGAGGCGUCGGUGGGCAUCGGCCUUGGUAUCGGGACUUUGUGCGGCCUGGUGACCAUGUUGGUCCGCAGUGUCGGACUAUUCAUGGUGGGCCUGCUGCUGGGCCUGUUGGUUGGAGUGGCUUCAUUGGUUGUCAUGGAGGAAUUUUACCACCCCAGAACAGUGUGGGUUCCACUGGGAAUUCUUCUGGGUUCCGGGACCCUGUUUGCCGUCUUCACUCUUCAAUGGCAGCGUUGCUUCGUGACCUUGUCUACCGCCACUUUCGGUUCAGCUAUCAUUACCAUCACAGUGGAUUACUUCAUCGAGCUGUUUGCGAUGGUGCAAUACAUCUAUGAGAGACUCAAGGUGGCGCCCAAGAAGCCGGUCUGCUGGUUCACGUGGGUCAUCAUGGGGGUGUGGCCUGUCCUGGCACUGCUUGGAGUGCUGAUUCAGUGGAAAGUCACAGCAGAGGGUUUUUCUCACACUGAGGUGGUUUUGAGUCGACAACAAAGGCGGGUGCAGCUCAUGCGGAUCCGGCAGCGAGAAGAGAGGCUCAAAAAGGAGAAUGAGAACAAGAAGAAGAAAAAACAACAGAACCAGAAGAGCGGCCAGAAGCAGAAAGCCAACAGCCAUCGCCACCAGCAGUACCACCAUCCAGGGACAUCUCACCCCCAUCACCCAUCCCGAAGCACGCAGCCCCACAAAGUCCCUCACCCUCAGACUGAGCCGGGCUUCCAUCGCAAGCCCAACCCCAAAAAGCGCUUUGAAGGAGAUGUGCUCUCACCGAGCUACAUCCGCAGUUUCAGGGACAGGCAAACAGACAGACGAGCGUACUCCCACAGUCGAAUGAUGAGCCGCUCCCGGAUGGCUGAACUUGACUAUGACUGUGGCUCUCAAGUGCCCCUCACAGCGCCUUCAGGAGCUCCAGUUCGUAUCUGACAGCUCGAAAUGUACAAAUCCUCCCGAAAAACGAAAAUACAAAAAGAUGUUUGGCACGCUAAAUGUUGUGUCUAUCAAAGUAAAGCCGGAGGAAAACAAGAACUACGGGAACAGAGCUGCAUGUUAAGUCGGCUUGUUGGCUGUUUUCUACAGCAAACAAUUAUCAACAGAGGCUGCAACAAAACUGUCACAUGAUCAGACAUCCAUUGAAAGCAUUGUCUUUCCAAGUGCAGCUUUAAUAUAUGUGUGCUGAUUUGGGGAUUUCGGCCCAAGGAGUCACAUUGAGUGAUUUUUCAGGAAGCAGUCACCACCUUCAGAUGUUGGAUUUUCCCAUGGAGAAGGCUAUUUACACUGGAAGAUGAACACAACACUUUCUUUUGUUUUUUUUUUAAAAUUCCUCUCUAAGAGGUUUUGCUCUCAUCAUAUCAGCUGACUGGUAGCUGUGUUACCCCAACCAGCUGGUGACCAUUGCUGAAAUAUGUAAAUUCCCAAUCUAAUGACACACGACAUAGACACACACUAUUCUCAGUCACUGAGUGGGAAGUGAAUGCAUGCCGCCUCUACGGCAAUCAGGCUAGCGAACGAGUACGCCGUCAUUCUCUCCUAAAAAGGUACCAAUUUUAAUCCCAAUUUCAUUUUAGGUCCAGAAAUGUGUCACCGUGAUAUAUCCAUUACCUACAUUUUUAUAGACAGAAACCAUUCUAUCCUCCUCCUUCUUUCGAUUCAUUGCUAACAAAUGUGUGCGGUCUCUCACCAGAAGUCAGUUGGUAACCUAAUGAGCGCCACAGAAAAUGGAUAGAUGUGUUUUUAUAUGAGAAUGUAUUCUCUAUUCCCCUUAUUUGAUUUUAUUCUUCAAAUCCCCUGACCCCAUUCAACACCACAGUAAAAGUCUAUUCACAAGCACAUUUGCAGCAGUUGUUUCAGUGUAUACUGGCCCUAAAAGGAAACUGACUGAGUUGACGGUGUGUUGUUGUCAAGGCGGACAACACACAACAGUGAACAUAUGAAAUCAUGUGCUACAGUGUUGGUGCAGACACACAAGCCCUUUGGCAAGUGAUGGAUUGUACCAAAUAUUGGCUAAAGUGAGGGGGGGUACUCUCCUGAUGUAGGUAGAUGUAAUUAUAUGAUGUUUUUGUUGUUGUUUUGUUUUUAAUAAGAAAACAUGAGUAAAUAACAUAAUUCCUAUAAAUACCAUAACAUCAUGAUGGCGGCGAAGACACGCAAAUGUGGUUCUUAAUUGAGCUAGCGAUGGAAGCAAUUGCAAUGGCGCCCUCUAUCGUUUAAAACUGGAUUCGCCGUGUAUAUUUGUGUGGGUUUUGUGUGCUGGAUAUCGAGAAAGCGGCAUUUUUUACGGUCUUUUUUUCACUUUGUAUUCGCUUUAUUGUUGUUACUUUCAUUGUGGAGCCAUGAAACAAGCAGCCACUGCUCAACAUUACGUAUGGCACCAAAAGCAAAUUUGUACCUAUUUUUUGUGUACAUCUUGUAGAUGUUUAAAUACGAUAAAACAAAGGAUUGCAAUGACUUCAAUACUGAAGUGCCACAACAUAUUUUGUGGUUGUGUGAAACUUGGCAGGCCUUGCACUUGUUUGAGGGGUACACGUGCACUGUUACCCCUUCCAUGCACGAGUGUCCUUGUUGAACUGUUUUGUGUUUUCAUUGCGACGAAGUGUCUAUGUGACAUCUGUUCUCGUUACCCUUUAUUAGACGUAGAACACAUAUUACUUUCAAAUUGGACUGUUUUCAGCAAUCCAAAAAAAAAGUGGAGAGUCCUGUCACAACACCCAAAAAACAACAGCCAUGACAUACUGAAAAUGUUACUUGAAAAUAGGAUACGUGCACAUGUUUCUGCUGACUCGUGACAUCUUGUUUCAUUCGUAGGCUCUCAGCAUCAAAUUCAUAUAACGGACAGCAGGAUACGUUCAACUUGUGACAUUUGCUACAUUGUCCUUCCUCAUCCUUUGUCUAUUCUUCAAGUCUCUUGUGUCUUUAUCGUCUCAGUUUAAACUGUGCAGGAAAAGGGCUUUGAAAAGGCAUGAAAACAUUUCCAUCCACUCAUUAGUCAUGUAUUGUCAUCAUUUUGCAUUUCAGUCUAAUGUUGCCACGUUCGUCUCUUGAUAUCAUUUUUGGUUUACAACUGCAGUCAAGUUAAUUGUGUCUUUACAUCGUUCACAGCUAAGAGCUGAAUUAACAUUACUCUGUUGAAUUUAUGAACAGAUUCAAUGGCUCCAGUGAAAUUCAGUGAAAAAUGUGUCACUUUAUCAGACACCCUGCACCUCCUGCAGGACAUGUUUGGAACACUCAUUGUACAUACCAUGAUAUAAAUACUUUUUAAAUGUAAUGAACGUUCGCUGUCGUCAUGUUUACGCCAUGGUCUUGUAGAUUUUUUUUUCAGCGAUUAUUUUCUGGUGCAGUAGAUAUUUUUAAAUUGUGUUCUUGAAUGUUCAAGUGAUACGUUUUUUAUUUGAGAGACAGACAUGAGCCUGUGAAGAGAUACUGAUUCACCUUAUUGCCAUCAUUUCUAUUGUUCUGCUUAUUUUAUUAUUAUUAUUAUGAUUAUUAUUAUUAUUAUUAUUAUUAAGCAUGUUUUAAAUGGACCUAUGAUAUGAUUAAAUGACAUUCAUGUGAUUCGAGAAA